UAGGUGGGCACCAGAAGGGGGUGGGAAGUGAAGGCCGUAGCACAGUAGUAGAAAUUCCCCAUUCUUCCUGUCAAAUCCCUAGAACCCAAAUCCUCGAUCCAAAUCACCACAGAUCCGUCCAGCAGGAGGUGGGGAGGGAGAAGAUGGACCAUCACCACCCGCCGCCGCUCCCGCAGCAGCACGGCGACCACUACCGGCCGCUGGUGCUCUCCCCGCAGCCCGACCAUGCCCACGCCCUUCAGUACCAGCAGCCGCCGCAGCAGCAGGCGACGCCGCCGCCGCAGCACCACCACCCCUCGCUCGCGUCCCACUUCCACCUCCUCCACUUGGUGACAAGAUUAGGUGAUGCGAUUGCAACAGGCGCAAGGGAUCAAGCUUUUGAUGCAUUGGUUGAAGAAUUGACCAGUCAAUUCGCCAGGAGCCAACAGUUAUUGAACUCCAUUUCAGGAACACUAAGCUCAAAAUCUGUUACGGUUGAAGGACAAAUGCAAAGUUUGGAAGAAACCCGUCAGCUGCUUGAUCAAAGAAAGGAUUUGAUCGCGAAAUACAAAAGCUCGGUGGAAGACCUCCUUAAGGGGGAUCCAACAAGAUAAAAAAGGCUCUGACAGUCAGACCCUCAGAACAUUAAUUAUGAUGGAGCCCGUCGCCACCACCGCCUGAAAUAAAUUCCUCAUCGAUGCGUCUUAUCAUGUAAACAUGCUUGGAGUAGUCUGUGGAGUAAGGGACAUGUGAUUUCGAAGUGGUGGUUACAAAGCUGGAUUUGUGUGUUGGGUGUGUGUAUUUUGAGUUUUAUGAAGUCAUGGUCGAGUCCGCGUAAUAUGGACCAAGCAUAUAUGCAUGAACGUCCUGAAUUCGGAUAUUAUGCACUGAACUUGUUUGAUGUAUGUAAUGUGAUAAUCCGGGGGCAA